CUAUGGGAAAGAGUUCAUCGCCAAAGUCGAAGAGACCUCGUUUGCUAUCACCCACGCCGUCUUUGACACUACGACUCCAUGACUGUAUCCCACAGCAAACAUUCGACCUCAUAAGAAAAGCCCAUUCGUCUACCUUUGAGACUUCGUUCACAUACAUCACCUGCCCGCAGUCUCGCAAAUCUCAAGGAAUCCGACUACGAUGCCCGAAACCAACGCAGCAGGCUAGCCCAAAGGCCAGAAGAAGGUCGUAAAGCCUAGACGUCCUCUCACACCGAAGCCUGGCAUCAAGCGCAAGCCCGCUGCUCCUGCUGUCGAAACGACGAUGAACCUGCGGACAAGGGCGCUGGCGGAGGUGGCAAAAAGACUAACGACAAGGGCAACGGCAAGGCAGGUGCCAGCAAGGGGGGCCAAACAGGCUGCGCCUCGUUCGACAAAGAAGGGGGCUGACAAAGUUCCUCGCAAAAGCACAAAGCGGAAUGCACGACCCAAGAGCAGAGCCGAGAUAUUUCCAACAAGUUCAACAUCCGCAGAAUCCUUGCGCAGCGCGACGUCGAGGACGAGAGGUUCUACUUCGUCGAUUGGUAGCCAACUUGGGCCGAAAAGAGAGCAAGGGACUGGAAUGAAAACAAGACGCCACACACAACUCAGUAGGGCCAUGCAUGAUACAGUCUACAAGAUGUACCGGAAAUACAUUAGUCCCGAUCCCAAGACAACCGGCCGAAAUGUUGUGGGACUGGCGGAUGAGCUAUUGUAAAAUGGCGAGUGAGACAUGAAGAAAGAGAGCCCCGAGCUGCCCGAGCCGCUAGGGCAGGAAGUGU